AUGUCGCCACCACCAAUGCCUGAAGAUGUUGAAGAGGCGAGUCUACUGGUGGAAGAAGAAUAUGAAAAGGCCUUGAAAGAACAUAUGGAAGACUUGGAGAGGAGGCAACGAUCACUUUCGGCAGAAUUUUUCAUCAUUGCCCGACAGAAAAAAAUCAUAAUGAGACUUGUUCUUCUCCUCCUCCCAAUUGUGUUCUUCAAUGGUUUGUGCAAAUCAGAUGUCAUGACUGCUCCAAUGCAUAAGGGAGAACUCCAAGCUCUCUAUCUUGUGAUUCAAGGUUUCACAGGCAAUUCUUGGAAUGUUUCUCAAUUGUAUCCUGAUCCUUGUGGAUGGACACCAAUCCAGGGAGUUUCAUGUGAUAUUUUCCAUAAGUUAUGGUCUGUAACAUCGAUAAACAUCGGUCCGGUCUUCGAGAAUUCUCUUGCAUGCACUCCUCAAGCAAACUUCAAUCAAUAUAUAUUUGGGCUCAAGCAUCUGAGAAGUCUCUCAUUCUUCAAUUGCUUCUCUUCUCAACAUCCCACUAAAAUACCAUCCAAUGCAUGGAAACAUCUAUCUGAAAGUCUAGAGAACUUAGAAUUCAGAUCAAAUGAAGGCCUUGUUGGAAAAAUUCCAAAAAGUUUUGGACAUCUCACAAACCUCAAAUCACUAGUACUUGUUGAGAAUUCACUAACAGGUGAAGUUCCACAAGAACUUGCCAACUUAGUAAAUCUGAAAAAGCUUUCUCUAUCCAGUAAUGCAUUAUCAGGCAGAAUUCCAGCUUCUCUUGGCUACAACAACAGCAUGAAUCAACUCUUGAUCUUAGAUUUCAGCAGAAACUCAAUUACUGGUCCUAUACCUUCAUCACUUGGUUCUAUGAUUUCACUUCUGAAGUUGGAUUUGAGCAACAAUAACUUGAAUGGAAUGCUUCCCUUAGAACUUGGAAAUCUUAGAAACCUCACACUUUUGGACAUCAGAAACAACAAUAUAUCUGGUGAAUUGACUCAGUCUCUUCAAUGCAUGGCCUCAUUGCAAGACAUGCUCAUGUCCAACAAUCAGUUGGAUGGCAGAAUCAUGGAAUUCAGGUGGGAUAAUCUCAGGAAUCUCAUCAACCUGGACCUUGCCAACAACUCUAUCACUGGUGAGAUUCCAGAAUCUAUGAUCAGUUUGAAGAGACUGAGAUACAUAGCAUUGGAUAAUAAUCAAAUAAUAGGCAGUGUGCCUUCUAAGUUUUGCAUCUUUGCCAUGUCUCAAGGCCCUUUAUCUGCAUGGCAACAGUUUGACAGGAAGACUAGUGUUUUCUCAAGGAUUUUAUGA